UUCCAGUUGCAUCCAUCUGCUUCUCGGGCGUGGGAACCGCGGGAAGCCCGGAUCCCGCUCCACUGACAGCGCAUGCUGUUUCGAAGCCAAGCACCGAGUUCGACCAUGCUGCACGCAGGAUGCCACGGUCAGCAUUUUUGAUAGCAGGAUCCGCUUCCACAGCCUCAGAAGUUAGUAGUGCAGGAACGACUACGGAAAAGACGACUUCAGAAGCAACCAAAGGACUAACUCCUGAUAUUAUAAGUACUUAUGCAACCCCCAAAAAUACCCAUCCUGGCUCAGCCUCGGUACCUUCUACCACAGGAUUAACAUCAACCGCAGUUACAGGCUCACCCACACCUAUUCCUCCAUCCAGCUUGAGCUUCAUGUCAACUGCCACGACUUCAGAAUUUACCUCUCCAGACACAACUCCGGAAAUUAUCAGUACAGAUACAGCUCUACAAACUACCGCUACGUAUACAUUUACAACAACUACCACUACAUUCACAAGACAAGUACAUACUACUGCAGGCACAACUUCAGAAACUAGCACACUAAAAACAACUACACCAGAAUCAACCAGAGGAACUAGCACUACAAGCACAAGCCCAGAAACUAGCACAGAAUCAACCCCAGGAGCUAACACUACAAGCCCAGAAACUUUCACAGAGUUAACUCCAGAAACUAGCACUGAAUCAACCCCAGGAGCUAAUACUACAAGCACAAGCCCAGAUACUAGCACAGGAUUAAUUUCAGGAACUAGCACUAUAAGCACAAGCCCAGAAGCUAACACACAAUCAACCCCAGGAGCUAACCCUAAAAGCACAAGCCCAGAAACUAGCACUGAAUCAACCCCAGGAACUAGCACUACAAGCACAAGCUCAGAAACUAUCAUUGAAUCAACCCCAGGAACUAGCACUACAAGCACAAGCCCAGUAAUUAGCACAGCGUCAACCCCAGGAACUAGCACUACAAGCACAAGCUCAGAAACUAUCAUUGAAUCAACCCCAGGAACUAGCACUACAAGCACAAGCCCAGUAAUUAGCACAGCGUCAACCCCAGCCACUAGCACUACAAGCACAAGCCCAGAAAUUAGUACACCAGAAUCAACUCCAACUGCCACAGAAACUAGCACAAGCACGUCAGCCACGGUAUCACCAACGAUUACUAGCUUUCCAACCACGUGUUCUCUUGACCCAGACAACACCACGAUUGAAGCUAAAAUAACAUUACCGCGCACCUUGGUCGUCGCCUGGGGUAAUUCAACACCGCCGAUCGUCACAGUCUGCCUGCAGCAAGACUGCAGAACCACUUCUGAUUCAUCAGUGCAGUUCGACGGGGUCCCAGUAGGCUUGUCGCUCCUUCUCACAGUCACUGGGACCGAUUUCUACGACUGCGUGGAGCUCUUUGUCCCGUGGCAAUUCAGAAUCGGCUUCGCAGCGCACAAUCUCACCCUGGAUUGGAUUAACUACAGCCCUCGUCUACUGAAUGUGUGCGUGGCCACAGACAUAGGAUAUUUCCCCUCGCAUUCGUCCUGGAUCUACUGCACAGAAACCUGGAGUUCCAGAGUCUGGAUUUCUAACCUCGAACCAGACACUCCCUUCUGGGUCAGAGUGGGCGAGGCAACCGUGUUUCAUGUAACGACACCUCCUAUUGCUAAGUACAGAAGCCUUGCAUUCCGCUGCCACGAAACCGGCGUGUGUGCGAGCGGCGAAUGUCGCCCCGUCUCCGACGGCCUCCUGCUGGCGCUGGACUUCGCCUCCCAGGUGCCCGCAUCAUACCCUUACACCUGCGUCGAUAAAGGUUAGACCGAAGGGGGACACACCC